CUGCACGGUGGUCCCCCGCCUUGGCGCCUGCUCGCCCGGAACCUCUCGCGUCACAGGUUCAACGGGACCUCUGUGGUCCCCUGCCGCUGACAGUGAUCUUUGGUCGACCUAGCUGGAAGUUAAAAGCACUCAGUCCACAAACACUUACGAAACGCCUUCGAGCCAGUGUAUAGCGGUAAUUGGAAAGCUUGGGAUGUGGUCAUGACAGCCAGACUUCUCAGAGCCCUGGCCGGAUCUCACUGUAUUUUGUCAAAAGCAUGUCAGUGCCAAGGAGCCGUUCAUCGAACAGGAAAACCACGUAAGGAAUUUGAGAGUGCAGCACGGGUUACCCUGACAAGAAGUCAGAGCUUGGAUUUGUUCUUUCCUGAUGCAGCAGCUGGUAGUCUGAAUAAGCCCCAGAUUCUGGAAAUGAACCAGAACGUAUCAAACACAAACAUAUUCUCUGCACUAAAUGCUGCAUAUCACCAAGAUGAACAAGCACGCCUUCCAGCCAGGAAGUCGGGUACUCACCAGAAAGUGACUCACAAACCAGAUCUAUUAGGUCUUAAGUGGUGUAUAAAAAUAUCAGAGAGGCAUUAUUCAUCGACAUCAACAGAAACACUUGUUUCUAAACAAGACUUUCCGCAAAUCAAGAGACCACUAAAAGCAUCAAGGACCAGGCAGCCAUCCAGGACCAACCUUCCAGUUCUGUCUGUGAACGAGGACCUGAUGCAGUGCACAGCGUUUGCAACCGCGGAUGAAUACCACCUUGGCCCCCUGUCUCAAGACCUGAGCGCUCACGGAUAUGUUGAAGUCACAAGCUUGCCUAGAGAUGCAGCAAAUAUUUUAGUGAUGGGUGUGGAAAAUUCUGCAAAAGAAGGUGAUCCUGGAACGAUGUUCUUCUUCAGGGAAGGAGCUGCUGUGUUCUGGAAUGUGAAGGACAAAACUAUGAAGCACGUGUUGCAAAUUCUAGAAAAACAUGAAAUUCAGCCCUAUGAAAUUGCAUUGGUGCACUGGGAAAACGAAGAGCUUAACUACACAAAAACAGAGGGGCAGUCGAAACUUCACCACGGGGAGAUCAGGCUGAACUCAGAGCUAGAUUUAGAUGACACCAUUCUGGAGAAAUUUGCUUUCUCAAAUGCUCUUUGCCUUUCAGUGAAACUGGCUAUUUGGGAAGCAUCACUGGAUAAGUUUGUGGAAUCCAUUCAGUCAAUUCCAGAGGCUUUAAAAGCUGGGAGGAAAGUGAAACUAUCUCACGAAGAAGUUAUGCAGAAAAUGGGUGAGCUCUUUGCCCUAAGACACCGUAUAAACUUGAGUUCAGACUUCUUGAUCACGCCUGAUUUCUACUGGGACAGAGAAAACCUAGAACAACUUUAUGAUAAAACCUGUCAGUUCCUAAGCAUUACUCGUAGAGUUAAGGUCAUGAAUGAAAAACUCCAGCACUGCAUGGAGCUAACAGACCUAAUGCGGAAUCACUUGACUGAGAAGAGGACACUCCGCUUGGAGUGGAUGAUCGUCAUCCUCAUCACCAUAGAGGUAAUGUUUGAGCUGGGACGAGUAUUUUUCUGAUCAAGUGAUGACCAGAGUACCAUUGCAAGACAUAUUGAAGCUCUACAAUCAAAAAUAAAUGUUCACUGUUGGGGGAAAUCUCAUAUUUAAUAGGUAUUUAAUUUUUUUAAAAUCAAGAAGUUUUUUUCAGUGCCUAAAUGUAUUGCUGCUUUA